AUGCAGAUCUUCGUCAAAACCCUGACUGGCAAGACCAUCACCCUGGAUGUGGAGGCCUCGGACACCAUUGACAACGUCAAGGCCAAGAUUCAGGAUAAGGAGGGCAUCCCCCCAGACCAGCAGCGCCUGAUCUUCGCUGGCAAGCAGCUCGAGGACGGCCGCACUCUGUCUGAUUACAACAUCCAGAAGGAGUCCACCUUGCACCUAGUGCUGCGCCUCAGGGGCGGUCACUGCCAGGUGCCUUGCGGGAUCUUUGACGACCCCAAGCUGGUGGCUGAUGUGAAGGAGGCGGUUGCCACCAUCAAGAAGGCCAUGAUGCAGAUUGGCGAACUCUCGGCCAACAUGACGCCGCUGAACAUCAAUCAGAUGACCCGCUGGAUCAACACGAAGGAAGAGCAUGCCGGCAAGAUCAUCACGCUGAUGUCGGAGUACUGCCUGUGCCAACGGGUGAAGCCGGUCAGCGAUCCGAAGACCCCAUUCUCCAGCGAGGCCGACUUCAUCGCGGCCCUCCAGUCGCAUCAUCAGGUCAUGCUCGCCGCUGUCAAGUGCAAGCAGAACGUGGACCCUGCCCUCGCGGAUGCCCUUGAUGCGGCGGUGGCCGAUAUGAGCAAGAUGCAGCUGGGCAGGGCGGAAGGGCAACCCAAGGACGUGACUGGAUCUCGCCUUCUGAUUCUGGGCAAGGCCUCCGAUACCAUUGACAACGUCAAGGCGAAGAUUCAGGACAAGGAGGGCAUUCCCCCGGAUCAGCAGCGCCUGAUCUUCGCGGGAAAGCAGCUUGAGGAUGGCCGCACCUUGUCGGACUACAACAUCCAGAAGGAGUCCACACUGCACUUGGUGCUCCGCCUGCGGGGUGGGCAUUGCCAAGUGCCCUGCGGCAUUUUUGACGACCCCAAGCUGGUGGCAGACGUGAAGGAGGCGGUGGCCACGAUCAAGAAGGCCAUGCUUCAGAUCGGCGAGCUUUCGGCAAGCAUGACGCCUCUCAACAUCAACCAGAUGACGCGCUGGAUCAACACUAAGGAGGAGCAUGCCGGCAAGAUCAUCACGCUCAUGUCGGAGUACUGCUUGUGCCAGCGUGUGAAGCCUGUGAGCGACCCGAAGACGCCAUUCUCCAGCGAGGCGGACUACGUGGCCGCGCUGCAGUCGCACCACCAGGUCAUGCUCGCCGCUGUCAAGUGCAAGCAGAACGUGGACCCGGCACUCGCGGAUGCCCUUGAUGCAGCGGUGGCCGAGAUGAGCAAGAUGUACAUGAAGUGA